CGUGGUGUUUCGCACAUGCGUCGUAUUCUAGCCGUUUCAAGUCUUGUCCGCUUCGCUUCUUCACUGACAAUGCCCUCUAGCGUCGUGUACCCCGGAUUCGAGUCCGCUCUCACGACUGAAGCAAAGGCAAAGACUUUUGCAGUCACAGGUGUCAACCAGUGUGUAUAGAGGCUUAGACUUGAUCAAUACGCCACGCCGCGCAGGCUGCACGAGCGGCACCGGCCUCGUCGCGGCCAAAUGCUUCGCGAAGAAGGGCGCGUCUCACGUCUUUCUGCUCAACCGGCCGUCGCCGCGGGCCGAAUCGGCCCUCACCGAUGUCAAAGCGGUGGCUGCCGAGGGCUGUAUCGUCACGCACGUCGACUACGACGCCAUGAGUUUCGCGUCAGUGAGGGCGGCCGCCAAGACGGUCCUCGCGGCGACGCCUGAACUCGAUGUGCUCGCAAACAACGCGGGCGUCAUGGCGCUCCAAGAUAAAGCCACGACGGACGGCUACGACCUGCAGAUGCAGACGAACCACCUGUCGCACUUCCUCCUCGCGAAGGAGCUCUACCCGGCGGUGAAGGCGGCGGCGGCCGCUCGCGGCGAGGCGCGCAUCGUGCACCACUCCUCGAUCUCGCGCAACUGGCCGGCGGACCUCCCCUUAACUGCCGACAUCGCGGCCCAGUAUCUGGGCAAGAACGGCGGAAACCUGGGAGGCGACGACCCGGCCAUGGGCGGCCCGCGCUGGGUGCGCUACCACUACUCGAAGCUUGCGAACGUGUGCUUCUCGCUGGCGCUCGCCGACAAACUGCCCGCCGGCAUCAAGGCGCUCUGCGCGGCCCCGGGCGUCGCGGCGACGAACCUCCAGGUGACGUCAGAGGCCUCGGGCCAGACCGGCGCCAUGAACUUCCAGAAGGACGCCCAGACCCCCGAGGACGGCGCCGUCCCGCUCCUCACGUGCUGCCUCGCGGCCGACGUCCAGUCGGGAGAAUUUUACGAGCCCGAGCACACGACCCGCGGGCCCGCGAAGCUCACGCAGCUCGAGCCCAUCUCCCUCGAGGCCGACCGCGAUGCCCUCUGGUCCGCCUCGGAGGCCGCCAUCGGCGAGAAGUGGGGGCUCUAGAUGCGCCGCGACCGUCCGAAUCUCCGGUUCUCGGUCAAGAUUCCCUCCCCCCUCCCACCCCGUAACGAGAUACUUCUUACAACGGGGGGCGGGGGGACAACAGGGAUCAUA